GUUGUACCACUUCCUGUUUUUCACUAUGGGAAAAGCAUACUUGAUAUUGCAACAGAGAUACUAUGUAUUUCCUCUUAAAACUCACAUGACUAUAAACAUCAGUUUGAAGCAGGCAUGUCUGGUCAGUGGGAAGGAAACUACCAGCGUCCUUCUGUCGCUAUGUGGAAUGUUGACAGUGUCGACUCAACUUCCUCCUCCUUCAAACGUGUAUAUUCCAAACAACCUGUUUUGCAACUUUAUACUAUUAGUCAGCCAGUGGGGAGACUAAUGUGUGGAUUAAGAUGAUAUGUAUCCACUUGUAACGACAAAGAACAAGGAAGGUGUACUCUCGGUGACCACACCUCCUCAAACACUCAUUGAUAAUGCAGCUGCACAGUCUGCUGCCAGGCAGUCAUCAAAACCCAAAGGCUUCUGUGUGCGGAGGUAUGGACCAGAAAGUGAAACAUUUUUCAAGGCGGCAGUGGGGAGCGGCUGCCCCUCGACAAAAGGAGACUUUGAAGGGCCCUGCCCAGAGAGUUGUCAUACAUCACACUGCCCUCUCAAAGUGCACAGGCCUGAAAGAGUGUACAGACGGCCUUCUCAACAUUCAGAGAGUGCAUAUGACAGAAAGAGGGUUUGAUGACAUUGGUUAUAAUUUUCUUGUUGGAGGAGAUGGUACAGUGUAUGAGGGCCGUGGCUGGGGUGUGGUAGGAGCACAUAGCAAAGGCAACAAUCAUGACUCAGUGGGGAUUGCCUUCAUGGGCAACUUCAACAAUGAUACACCAAGCACAGAGGAAAUAUCGUCAGUCAAACAGUUGCUGCAGGCCGGAGUUUCUGAGGGCUUUUUACACUCAGAGUAUGUCCUGUUUGGGCACAGAGAUCUGGCAAACACAGAAUGUCCAGGAGCAAAACUUUAUGCUGCACUACCACAACUGAGGGAAUCUCACUGCAGAUUAUGAUGGUGAUAGUAGAACAUUAAUUCACUUCCUGUAAUUGUUGUUGUUUUUUUUUAUCAUGGGUCUCUUCUUAACUUGGGAAGGUUUGUGUUGUAAUAGGUCCUAAAGAGGUCCUGCCAGUUUCACAGCCUGUUAGAUGUUUCUCUUACAGCAGGGGGAGCCAUCAUAUUGAAUAAAACCAAUAGGCUCUCCAGAACAGCUAAAUGCCUGAUUUAGAAACUCAAGAAUCAAUGCACUUCAAUCCAGUGCUGACAGUUUGUCACGGUAGCUCUUAUGUUUUAUUUUGAUUAUUUGACUACAUUCUUCCAAUGUGUAAUGUUCUUUAUAUUUAAUUGAGUCUAAGUGCAGUAUGAAUAUUAUGGGCACUACAUUUUACUUAUGAAUACUUUAUUACUGGGGUUGUGGUGUAAGAUAAACCUUCAGAUUAUUUUACCUGCUCUAAUGUUGUGCUAGCAUAACCAGUUAAAUACCAGUUAUCAGCAAUAUUGUGACUGAUUUAUUGUUUUAUUCACGUAAGGCAUUCUUUUUUAGGUUCGCCACAGAGUAGCAGGAGUCCUCCAAGCACAAUUAAUUUAAAUAAUUAUCAAAAAUACUAUAAGCGUUUAUACAAAUUGUCUUUACAGAGGCCGAGUUUUCACGUAAAUGUCUUCAGGGUGCCACUGCAAAAUCAUUGUAAACAACACAAGACAUGAAAUCAGAUAUUGAACAGAGAAAAAGAUCCAAGGGGAUUACGAGUGUUGAGACAACAAUGCAUGCUUUCUGCAGUGCCUGAAACAUUCCCAACAAGUGCUCACUUGUGCAGCAAAGGGAUUAUGGAGGGAGGCCCCUAUCAAAUUGACUAAGAGGAGGUAUAAUGGUAACAGAUUAUACAUGUAGUUCCGGCCAUCAUCAUCUAAUGUCUGGUAUAUGAAUUGUAGAAAAAAAAAAAACAGCAGAACGGAUCAUUUUAUUAAUAACAAUGACUGGAAAUUAACCCAAAAAAUGUAGCAUGAGUACCAUAAAGUUGAAUUGCAGCUGGUCAAAUGGUAAAGCGUGGCCUCCGUCUACUGUGGUACAGGCCUGGAGAACUCAGUAAUACACUGCAGACCCAUCAGUAACCAGUAUCAAAUCUAACUUAUUUGUCACUUGUUUCUUAUUUAAAUCAACCAUUUCCUGAAGGAUGCUCUUUAAUUAGUUAUUGUCUUGAUGGUAGUGAAUGUAUGUGGCAGCUUGUAGGUACAAGUCACUAUACUGUUACAGUACAGUGGUCAGUCAUUUGUUGUAAUAUUACCAUGUCAUAUUAAUGUUCUUUUUUCAAGGUUUAUUUUGUUUUGAGUUAAAAAAAAUGUCUGCACUUUUAUAUUAGAUUAAAUGGAUUACUUUUUCUGUGUGAAAAAUGCCACCAAUUCAUAUUCUUUCUAAGAAAAGGGAAUUUUUAUUUUUUUUAUGUGUUCAUCAUGCCCUCUUUACCAGAAAGGCUCAGAAAUGUCCCUUGUUUGCCCCUACCUGUACUGUCCUUUACCAGUAGUAAAUCUCUUAUGGUCAA